AUCUUCACGUUAUCAGUAAAUAAUCUAACGUGUGAACGUUAUUAACGUUUUAUUGAUUCUUAUAAAGUGUCAGUUUGUUGGUUCAAAAUGUCGUAUUGUUUGACAACCUUUAGUUCUGUAGAAUUCCAUGAUUUUGAGUGCAAAGCAUGCUCAAGAUGUCGUCAUCCACCCGGUAUACAUAUUCCACAGAUAAUCAGUCAACUCAUCAAAAUUAGGACAAAAAGGCAUGUUUUAAAAAAGAAAAUUACCGAAUCAAGUUUCAUAGUUGCCGAAAUUGAAAGAAGGAUUCGAGAAUGCGCGCAGGCGAGAAAAGAAGAACUGAAAUCGUUUUUGGUCAACAGUUUAUCUAUACACGCUGGAUACCUUCAUAUGCUUCUCAGAUACAGUCUCAUACUGGACCAGGAUACUAAAAAACUUCAUCAUCUAAUGGCUGAAGCCGGUAGCCCGGGCCCUGGACCUAUUCCUAUGCUAAACUUCACUAAUCAGGACGAGAUCGACCUCGCGAACUCUGCUCCUGACCUGGCCUCCCUGCUCAUAUGGGAUUUCUAUCCAGAACAGACAGAGGAAAAUGAGGAUCAGGAUGAAUACAGCAUUAUCCAACAUCUGUUCUCCUCCCUUACCAGCCAUUAACCAGUAAGCUGUCUGAUAGACCCCGUACAUUCCUGAAUGAUGUACUGUACAUAGUGUACAUACUAUGCCAAACAUUAUCUGAAUCUAAAUGAGGAUCUCAGGAAUGGGACUUGUUUACAUUUUACUGUGACUUAUGAAAACAGCUUGAACUAGUUAAAUUUUAAUGUUGUUUGUUUACAAUAAAACUAGUUAUAAAACUA